AUGGGCAGCUACGAUUACUCGUCAAAGAAUCUACUCGAGCACGACGGCACGGCUUACGGCGAUUGGCGCGAUGACUUCCACCGAGAUGGAAUCGCCAUCAUCAAAAACGUAAUCACCCCCGAAAAGGCCGAGUACUACCGCCAGAAGCAGAUCGAGUGGCUCCAGUCGUUCGGACUCGGCUUCGACCCCAAUGACAAGAGCACCUGGACUCAGGACCAUCUACCUGUCAGCUUCAAGGGCGGCAUGUACUUUGCCUACUCGGUCACACACGAGAAGUUCAUGGAACCCAAGAUCCAGCAGAUCUUCACCGACCUCUGGGGCACCGACGAGCUGCUUUGCUCCUUCGACGGUAUGAACAUCACGCUUCCGAAGCAAAAGGACCUGACCUGGUCGCCAUGGCCGCACUGCGACCAGAACCCGCAACGCAAGGGCAUGCAGUGCGUGCAAGGCCUCCUCAACUACGCCCCCAACGGGCCGCAGGACGGCGGCCUCAUGCUCAUGAAGGGCUCCUCCAAGCUCUUCGACACUUUCUUCCGCGAAACGCGCCAGCAGGCAGCACACGAGGACGCGCCGCCGCCCGAGGAGGACUUCAAAGACCUGUUCAUCUUCACCGAGGAGGACGUCAAGUGGUUCGAGGACCGCGGCUGCGAGCUCAUCAAGACGUGCUUGGACCCGGGCGACUUCGUGCUUUGGGACAGCAGGACUAUGCACUACGCCAAACACCCCGAGGGCGACGUCAUCCGCUCGGCCCAGUACAUCUGCAUGACGCCCGCAAAGUUUGCGAAGAAAGAGGACCUGGAGCUGAAGGCCCAGAUGUUCAAGACUCAUCAAGGGACGACGCAUUGGCCGCAUUGCAACAUCCGCAAGCAGGGCCCGCCUAUGAGGAAUGGAAAAGUAGAUUCGUUGGACAGGUCGGCGCCUAUCGAUCCGCCCGAGAUCACAGACCGGAUCCUGCAGCUUGCGGCAGUGAAGGCCUACUGA